GAGACACGAGAGUGUUAACCCGUUCUUAGGGCUCUCAGAUGGCAGUAAGACUGUUUUAAAACCAUCUUUACACUGCCUACCUUGUGAAGAGGUCGUGCUGUUCUUUUUCUCUAAUGCUUGUGCUUUAACGUUUCACGUGAUAUUUCUAAAGAUUUACGUCAGGGCGAAUGCGCACGUGCCCGACGGAAAUCGCCGCAAAUGACUGAAGUUCAUCAAUUCUGAGCUGACUUUUAACGAGGAAUGGAAUGGUGAUGCUCGCUUUGUUUUCUGCUUUUUCUCGGAUGUUCUGCAGCCUCUCCUGCUGGAGAAUGACCCCCCCUCAGCGCCUGUCGGAAUGCCGUUUCUCUCCGCGUGCACAAGGGCCACGCGCCAGAUGGCCACAUCAUAGCCGACUGUGAUACUAUUGCACUAAAGCUGGACCCUAACUUUGCGGAUCUGAUGGAUUUAAAGAGGGUGCUGUCCUUUCCUCCAUAUCCAGGGGAUUAUUUGCACCCAGUGGUGUACGCCUGCACUGCAGUGAUGCUGCUCUGCCAGCUGAUUUCUAUCAUGACAUACAUUGUACACCACAGCAUAAUCCGAAUCAGCAGGAAAGGAUGGCACAUGCUCCUCAACUUCCUCUUCCACACUGCCAUGACGUUUGGGGUGUUUGCAGGAGGCAUCAACCAGAUCAAGUACCCUGUGAUCUGUCAAGUGGUUGGCAUUAUUUUGCACUACUCCUCCCUUUCUAGCAUGCUAUGGCUGCUCUUCACUGCCAGGAAUAUUUGUAUGGAGGUGUCCAAGGCCCCGCCCAUACCUCAGGACCGGGACCUUCCCACCCAACCAUGCCCUAAAGCCACAAUUUUCAGGUUUUAUCUGGUCAGUGAUGGGAUACCUCUAAUUAUAGUGGGAGUUACGGCUGCUGUUAGCUUGGAUAACUACGGUAGCAGAGAUGACGCCCCUUACUGUUGGAUGGCCUGGGAGCCCAGUCUUGGGGGCUUUUAUGGACCCACUGCCUUUUUGGUCUUGGUAAUGUGCAUCUACUUUCUGUGGAUAUUCGUGCAGCUAAAGCGGCACCCGGAGCGCAAGUAUGAGCUCAAGGCCAUGACCGAAGAACAACAGCGUCUAGCCGUAGCUGAAAUUGGGCACUGUCACGCCGUCAGCAGAGAGCCAGGUGAGCAUGGUGAUCACACAGGCUGCACAGCCAUCACAGCCUCCAUGUUGGCCAACGAACACUCUUUCAAAGCUCAGCUGAGGGCCACUGCCUUUACGCUGUUCCUCUUCCUGGCCACCUGGGUUUUCGGAGCACUGGCCGUAUCACAGGGACAUUUUCUAGACAUGAUCUUUAGCUGCCUAUAUGGAGCGUUUUCAGUCACAUUGGGGCUUUUUCUGCUGAUUCAGCACUGUGCAAAACGUGAUGAUGUGUGGCACCGGUGGUGGGCCUGUUGCCCCAACAAACCAAAGGUGGAGGUCAACGGAGAAGCGGCGGGGAACGCUGCCCCCCCUGCUCAAAGUCACAGCCAUAUGCCAUCCCAUGGGCAGAACCAAAUCCACUGCCAGAUCGACUCAUCCUGCCUGGGUAAACCUUUGCUUUCCCCGCACCUACACUCCCCUUUGCCGCACUGCAAGUUGGGUACUCUGCCCUCCACCCAGAACCACACGAGCACCUGCUGUGCCACCCUUCACAGUCCCUCCUCUUUGACGACCCACCCGCAGUCCCUCCCUGAUGAACUGCCCAGACCAACCCUUCCCCUGCAAAGCUGCCUGAAGGACAGGUCUAAGACUCGCUCCUUCAACCGACCUCGGCCCUGCCUCAGGGACUAUUCUUACCACAUGACCUCCACCAGCAUGGACGGCAGCGUGCACAGCUCCCACCUGGACAGCCCCCACAGUGUGCACCUGGACAACCCUCUCACCUGCCACACGUCUCACUUGGAUACUCAACUCUCUUGUCACAGCCCCCACCCGGACAACCAGCUGCGCUGCCCCAGUCCCAGUCCUCACCUCAAGAGUUUGGCCUCACACGGCCUUCACGAUAGCCUCUCCUGCCACAGUGCACACUUGGACAGUCAGCUCUCCUUGACGUCACUUUCUUCACCCGCUUCACGGCAAGAUGAGGAUGAUCGCACCCAGAUGGCCCAAAUCUCCAUGGCUGGCAGAGAUAAUCCCUCUUCUGUAUGCCCAGCCGUGGCCCCUCCCGUUACGCACGGACCUCCAGUCCCAAGUGAACGGGGAAAUCUACCAUCCUCACCCGGACAGGCCCGUGAGAGGCUUUUACUAUUUUGA